UCGAGGCCAGGGAGGGAGCGCACCGUAAGGAGCCACGGGCAGUUGCACGUGAGUGGAGGGAAGUGUGUGAAGAGGCAGCGCUCAGCCGCGAUCCUCCAUUGUUCCCAGAGAGAGACCCCCCCCGGCUUUCGUCCGUCAUCAUCCAUCCAUCUCCGAGUCCUGUCGCUCUCUUACUUACUCACUCACUCACUCUCUCUCUCACACACACACACACACAGACAGACAGACAGACAGACAGACACCGGAGUAAAACGCGCUCCUCUCAACAUGACCGUGUCCUCGAAACCUCCUCAACCUCACUGCUCUCGCAGGUCGCCCUUCUUACACUGAAACCCCGAGCGGGCGAAGGGCUCCUCUGCUGAGCGUCUCGCUCCGCCGCGGGCUGCCCGCGUGAGCCCUUCCCGGACUGCCUCUGACCGGUUGUAGCGGUACCGUGCCGUAAAGCGCCAUUUAAGGGCUCUGCGCGUGCGCUUCGUAUCCCUCCGCCGCUCGAGCGGCUCCUCCUGGGGCGCUUUGUUCGCUGCGCCCCGGCGCCGCUCGCCAACUACGCCGCUAGUAGCGAUGCCGGCCGGCGCCCGGUGCUGUGCCAAGCCGACUGUGGGGAACAUACGGACAGAGGACGCCGUUUUAGCCAUUUCGUGUUGCUGGAAAUGACAGCGCUUGUGGGAGAUAGUGGGACGAUUCGAGAACCCGGUGUUUAGCUACCUCGGCUCAGGGACUAACUCUGCUGUGUCGUUAGCGCCUCAGCCUCAGUCUCAGCGCUAUUGUCUCGAGCCUCCGCUCCACGGUUACUUUUACACGUCUACGGCGAAACAGGCGCAUUUCAUUCGUCGUCAGUAAUGACGAUUGCUGCAGCUGCAGAGUGAGCUGCUGCCUCAGUAUCAUGCGUGUCGUCUGUUGUUAACUCCUGGGACGAAAUGGCGUAUCACGCCGGUACCGGGCGGCAGCCGGUGUGCGGCGGUCUCUUCCCGGGCUCCGACUUGGGCCACAAGUACUUCUGCGCCGAGCCCACUGGCGCGGCUCCCGCGGGCCUCAGCGCCGCCCCGACCUCGAGUGGACCCGCUGCGCCGGCCGGGACGCCGCGUCACCCGGCUGCGCUCGGCGGAGGCACCGGCGGAGGAGCUGCCGUUCCGCAGCCGCACAGCAACGCGGCCAGCGAGGUGCCGAGCCCCGCGGAGAUGGAACCGGACCGGCCGAUCGGAUACGGGGCCUUCGGAGUGGUCUGGUCUGUGACAGACCCCCGCGAUGGGAGGAAGGUGGCUCUCAAGAAGAUGCCCAAUGUCUUCCAGAACCUGGUGUCCUGCAAGAGGGUCUUCAGGGAGCUCCGGAUGCUGUGCUUCUUCAAGCAUGACAACGUCUUGUCGGCUCUGGACAUUCUUCAGCCUCCUCAGAUCGACUGCUUCGAAGAGAUCUAUGUCAUCACUGAGCUGAUGCAGAGUGACCUCCACAAGGUCAUUGUGUCCCCCCAGCCGCUCACCACGGACCACAUCAAGGUGUUUCUUUACCAGAUUCUGAGAGGGCUGAAGUACCUUCACUCGGCCGGCAUCCUGCACAGGGACAUCAAACCUGGGAACCUGCUGGUCAACAGCAACUGCCUACUCAAGAUCUGCGACUUUGGGCUGGCGCGGGUCGAGGAGCCGGACCCCUCGCGGCACAUGACCCAGGAGGUGGUGACACAGUAUUACCGAGCCCCCGAGGUGCUCAUGGGAAGCCGGCACUAUGGGGCAGCCAUCGACGUGUGGUCCGUGGGCUGCAUCUUCGCCGAGAUGUUGGGCCGCCGCAUCCUGUUCCAGGCACAGAGCCCCAUACAGCAGCUGGACCUGAUCACAGACCUGCUGGGUACACCGCCCCUGUCAGCCAUGGUGUCGGCCUGCGAGGGGGCAAGAGCCCACAUCCUGAGGGGACCCCACAAACCGCCUUCGCUGUCGGUGUUGUACAUGCUGUCGGAAGGCGCGACUCACGAGGCCGUUCACCUGCUGUGCCGAAUGCUUGUUUUCGACCCUAACAAACGCAUCUCCGGCAGCGACGCCCUCUUGCACCCGUACCUGGACGAGGGCCGCCUGCGUUACCACACGUGUAUGUGCCAGUGCUGCUACUCUGUCCCCAGUGGCAGGGUGUACACGCGGGACUUUGAACCUGAGGCCGAGCGACCCUUCAGCCACAGCUACGAGCAGAGCCUGCUGUCUGUGUGGCAGGGGAAAGAGCUCAUCCACCGCUUCAUCACGGAGCACCAGCAGGGCAAACGAGUGCCACUGUGCAUCAACCCUCAGAGCGCUGCCUUCAAAACCUUCAUCAGGUCCACGGCUUGGCAUUCGUCCAAAGUGUCCAGGAAAGAGGAGAGAUGAAGAGCAUCGCUGCAGACAUGAGGAAGGUGGGCGGAGUCUCAGCCUUCGCAGCAGGAGGUCAUGUUCGUUCCAAGGAAACGGAUGUGAAUGGAGUGAGAUGCAAAAAACCUCCUGAUGGAGAACUUUAGUGACUGCACUGCGAUGAGACAUUGCAGUGACACAUCCCAUAGCGCUGCUGGAACCAGUAAACUUGAGUGUGUUUUUCAAACAAGGGAAGAGCAGGAAAACACAGACACGCACACAGACUGUGAACGGUGAGGUGCUCCAUGUUAGCGCGUGAACAAAUUCCAAUGCUUUGUUUUAGAUAUAGAUCUGAAGCCCCUGCAGUGUGAGUUGAGAGCACGACUCCCUGUUCCUCAUGUGCUGCCGUGUCCCAACGCCGCGCCGUUCACCGUCAUACCUCUGUUCACACACGGCCCUGCUUUUGCUGCCCCGACGCUCAGCCCCCUGUCCCUCUCUGACCUCUGGCUUACCGAGACCUGUAUUUAUCUAAGUGAGCGAAUAAAUGGAUAGGUAACCUGAGAGUGACCCCAUUGCCACUGAGGAUUGGGUUCCUGCCAGAGAGGCCAUGUGGACCACUGGGGUCCAAGCAGCGCUGCGGAACCAGCUUUGUCGCACUUCACCACACUUUGUCAACUGGGACACCUCCACCCUUUCUUAAUUUUUUUUUUUUUUUUUUUAAUUUUAUUUUAAUUUUAAAUAUGCUCUCUGUUGUGUACAGUAUGUUUCUCCUGAGACAGUCCAUUUGGUUGGGUAGUUGGUAAAUAUGAUUGAUUAGCAUUUGAUAGCAGCCAGGUGUUUGUGUUCAAUUAAAUCUAUACAUCGACGAAAGAAACCGUGAAGAAGCACUGCUGGUGUGCCUGUGGCACUAUAUCCCGUUUUACUGAGCUGAAGUGUCCGUCAUGCCCUGUGUGCGUGCGUGUGUGCGUGCGUGCGCGUGGGGGGAGCACCUUGAAGGGUGUACAAUGCAAAACCGCUGUCAAUGUUCUCGUUACCUCAAAGACAGGAUUGAAAGACAGACCUCCACAAGACUGGCUUGUUUACACGCUACUGCUCUCUAUUGUACUGUAGCACUGUUUGACACUGUUUUACUCUGUACUGUAACACUUUUCUCCCCUAAUGUAACUCUCCAUUGAGAACCCCUCUGUCUCACAUGUUCAGAGUGAUGGGGGGGAGCUGGGAGUACUGUAAUUGCUGCUGAUUUUUUUUUUUUUUUUUUCCCCCACCCCCUCCUCCUUUCUAAGGUGGGCUUCAGGGCUUGCUGCAGGGCUCAGGCCCACCUUUGCACACAUGGCACCGCUUACACACAUGUGUGUGUGCGCGCAUGCCUCUGCCGGACUAACUUAACUGUCACGGGUCCGAAAUCUCCACUCUAAAUGCACCGAAGCCUGCAGGGCUACACUUAAUUGUGGCACUAUGAAUUGGUUGUACAUCCAAGGCACGCACUGACCUUCACUGCCCACCAGAGGGGGCUGCAGCUAAGGUGAGAGAGAGAGAGAGAGAGAGAUGCACAACCCUGACGCCAGCCAGCCUUCCUCAGAAAGGGAUCGAAACAGGUGGAUUCUGGGGAAACAGUGUAUGGAAUGUGAUUUGAUUUUAAUUAUUUCUGACCAUUUUUUUUUAAACUGUUUCCUUUUGUAGAGCUUUUAGAUUUUGUAUUUGUGGGACAUGUGACUGCUUUUAGUUUAAUGGUUCUACUGCUUUGAUAUUAGUUGUGUUAGAUGGGAGAAAGUGGUUUAUUAUUGUUUCCUCUAGUAAUGUUGUGUGUAUGAGAGAGAGUAUGAGGGAAUGAUGUGAUAAAGUGAAGCAUAGAAUGGAAAAAAAUCUACAUGUCACUUACUUCUCUGUCCUAUAGCAGUUUCCUGAUAUUGUUGUGUUAAGAUUCUGAUA